AUGCCAUCUGACGAUUACAACUUUGGCGAUGUCUUUCAGGCAAUCUAUAUCGCCAAACAGAAGCCUGCUCCUCUUCCGGUCACCGAGGACAUGAAAGUGGUUUUGCAGAGCUUUCCGCCUCUGGGGAAAGUCAGCUCUGUCCAAGGCAAGGAAGUCAAUCUAACGGCUGUUCUUGAGAUCCCCAAGUCUCGAACCAGUGAACCAUGGGAAGUCUCCUUAUGGCACUCAGUGGAUGGCACAGACUGGAAAGACUUGAAGUUUGUCCCCGUCAAGGAGGGUCCAGCCCCCCAAACCCUCCAAACAUUGGAUGAUUCAAUGUCCCGUUUAUAUUUCGCUUCAUCUCUUUCAUUUGAUGCAUCAGUGCAUUUUACUCUGAAGUUUCGACAUAGUCCAGAUGCUGAUUGGAGAUGGAUCCGCGAUGAACAAGGACUCAACGACGGCUUAUUUGUUAAAGCCUCUACCAGAGUUUCGUCCAGUAACUUAUCUGAUCUGAUUCCUGAUCUCAGCUCCCAUGAUUGGACUAUCAGGUCUCAUGUAAGUCAGUCACCUAGGACCGCACUCUGGUCACUUGAAUCAGUCAUCCCGUCUGCGAACGGAGAUGACUCUACCUAUAAAGACAUUACAAUUGGGACUCCAUGGGGAUCUUUUGCAAGAUGGUUCUCCCUUGUCCGGUUAUGGUCGCCCUGGCUUGCACCUCGCCAUGGAAAGUCACAAUUUUCGCUUGACAAGGACGGAGUGCUUUGUUCUUUCUUGAGCCCUCAAGGCAAAAGUCUCGUGUUCCUGGCUGUUAGUGGUGUCAGUCAAGUCUUACCAGUAUUUCGAAGCGAGUCUGAUGGGAAACUCCAUGUUCAUGCUCGAAAUGAUGGCCUUUCAGACGAAAAAUCGGUCAUUCUUGUUUCAGAAGGAGACAGUUUUGAUAACGCCGUUGCUUCUGUAAUGUAUCAUGCUAGAGAUCUAGUUGCGAGGACAAAGCAGGCCAGUGAGGAAUGGUCUCAAGAGUUGACUGCAUUGACGAAUGAUUUCAAGCCGGAGUGGUUAGAAUACUGGUUUGAUGGGCUAGGUUUUUGCACAUGGAACGCUUUGGGGCAGCGACUAACAGACCAGAAAAUAUUCGAUGCUCUAGACAAGUUAAGUGAACAUAGUAUCAAGGUUUCAAGUCUCAUCAUCGACGAUAACUGGCAGUCGAUCGAUUAUCGAGGACCCAGCCAGUUUCAGUACGGUUGGAACGACUUUGAGGCCGAGCCCAAGGCAUUCCCUAAGGGGUUAAAAGCCACCGUAUCCCAUAUUCGAGAGAACCACCCACACAUCCAACACAUUGCUGUGUGGCAUGCACUCUUGGGGUAUUGGGGUGGCAUUGCCCCUGAUGGCAAGCUUGCAAAGACGUACAAGACUAUCGAGGUGACACGAGAAGACGCUGACCGUCGCAAUCUUCCGUUGGGAGGCAAGAUGACUGUUAUUGCUCAAGAGGAUGUCAACCGUUUCUAUAACGACUUUUACAAAUUUCUUUCGGGUGCUGGAGUUGAUGCCGUCAAGACAGAUGCCCAGUUCAUGAUUGAUACGUGGGUUGAAGCUUCACCUCGCCGAGAUCUCAUCAACACGUACCUUGAUGCGUGGACCAUCUCGACCUUGCGCCACUUCAGUGCAAAGGCGAUAUCGUGCAUGUCACAGUUCCCGCAGGCUCUCUUCUACUCCCAAAUGCCAACGAAUCGGCCUACAAUCCUGGUACGCAACUCGGACGACUUCUUCCCCGAAAUACCUGCCUCACAUCCUUGGCACGUGUGGACGAAUGCGCACAAUGCUAUUUUUAUGAAGCACCUUAAUGUACUCCCUGACUGGGAUAUGUUCCAGACUGUCCACGAAUAUUCCGGGUUUCAUGCCGCAGCCAGAUGUAUCAGCGGAGGGCCUAUCUAUAUCACUGAUGUUCCAGGCGAACAUGAUAUGGAUCUUAUCGGACAAAUGACUGGUCUUACUCCGCGGGGCAAGACUGUCAUAUUUCGGCCAAGCUCAUUAGGAAGGGCGGUAGAUCCUUAUAUUGGAUACGAUGAUGAUUUACUUCUAAAAGUAGGAAGUUAUCACGGGGCUUCGCAUACUGGCAAUCCUAUAUUAGCCAUAUUCAACAUCUCUUCCAGGCCAUUAACUGAACUCGUUUCCCUUUCAGCUUUCCCUGGUACGAUUUCUGACCUUCAAUAUGUGGUUCGCGCCCAUACCACUGGCAAUGUAUCGCUGCCAACUAAAGUUGACGGGCCAGGGUCCUUGCUCACAAUGUCACUACCUGUCCGAGGAUAUGAAAUACUCUCCGCAUUUCCCCUAACACGUCUCUCGAGCAAGAAGCAUGAAGAUGUUCUAGUCUCCAACUUGGGACUGCUGGGUAAAAUGGCUGGUGCUGCCGCAAUUUUUAUGAACGAUAUUCACCAGCGGGAGAAUGGCCGUGUGUUGAUCGACACACGCAUCAAAGCAUUUGGUAUUCUAGGAAUAUAUGUCUCUGCCCUUCCUAAUAUGACAAUCGAAGGGGAUUUCUUGAUCACCGUUCAAGAAAAAGUGAUACCUCUCCAUACUGUGGCCAUUUCGAAGAUCGACAACCACGUGCUUGAGAUCGACAUCGGAAAAGCAUGGAAGGAAUUGGAUCUUGAAAGUCGAUGGAGUAAUGAGGUGGAGGUCAAAAUUCGCUUCAGUCUUUGA